AUGCCGAGCUUUUCUGGUACAAUCCCUGAGUCAAUUGGAAACUGCAGCAAGCUGGAGAUUCUGUAUUUGCACAAGAACAAGUUCGUUGGUUCAUUGCCUGCAAGUCUGAAUCUUUUGGAGAAUCUCACUGACCUGUUUGUUGCUAACAACAGCCUACGAGGAACAGUUCGGUUUGGCUCAACCAAAUGCAGGAAUCUGGUCACUUUGGAUUUGUCAUCCAAUCAAUUCGAAGGUGGUGUUCCUCCUGAACUGGGAAAAUGCAGUAGCCUUGACGCUUUAGUCAUUGUGAAAUGUAAUUUGUCAGGUAAAAUCCCUCCAACGUUGGGUAUGUUAAAGAAUCUCACAAUCCUUAAUCGUCUCUCUGAGAGUAUCCCUGCUGAGCUCGGAAACUGCACCAACUUAAGCACGUUAAAGCUCAACAACAACCAACUCGGAGGCAGAAUUCCGAGUGCAUUAGGACAAAUACCAACAGAAAUAACCGAGCUCAAGAAUCUCAAGAUCGUUACGCUCUUCAACAACAGCUUUCAUGGAGUGAUACCACCUGGUUUAGGUCUGAACAGCAAGCUUGAGAUUAUAGAUUUUAUUGGAUCUAAUCGGCUUCACGGUAAAAUACCACCAUCUGUUAGUCAGUGCAAGACAAUAAGCAGAUUCAUCCUCAGAGAAAACAACCUUACAGGUCUUCUUCCUGACUUUUCUAAGAAUCAUGAUCUAACGUUUCUUGAUCUCAAUAGCAACAGCUUUCAAGGAGCAAUCCCCCGUAGUCUAGGAAGCUGUAGGAAACUCACAACCAUCAAUCUGUAUCGAAACAAGCUCACGGGGAAUAUUCCUACAGAGCUUGUGAUUCUACGGAACCUUAAUCUUGGGUUUAACUUAUUAGACGGCUCGGUUCCUUCAAAGUUUAGUAACUGGAAAGAGUUGACCACUUUGGUUCUCUCCGGAAACCGUUUUUCAGGGUUCGUUCCGCCUGAUCGCCACCCUUAG